CUCCGCUUCCAACCCGCGCCGCCGCCAACUUCUCUGGAUGGGACCAGAAGUUUCUAGCCGGCCAGUUGCUACCUCCCUUUAUCUCCUCCUUCCCCUUUGGCAGCGAGGAGGCUAUUUCCAGACACUUCCACCCCUCUCGGGCCACGUCACCCCCUCCUUUAAUUCAUAAAGGUGCCCGGCGCCGGCUUCCCGGACACGUCGGCGGCACGCACAGUUCUAGCUCCGGCCGCGGCCCGCGAGCGACUCGGCGCCUGGAGGCCCCGCACCCCGCGACCCGGCACCCCGGCGGCCUCCCCUCCGGGCCCACCCCGACCCAGCAUGAGCGCUGCCACCCACUCGCCGAUGGUGCAGAUGGCGUCCGGCAACGGCGCCGGCGACCGAGACCCCCUGCCCCCCGGCUGGGAAAUCAAGGUCGACCCGCAGACAGGCUGGCCCUUCUUCGUGGACCACAACAGCCGCACCACGACGUGGAACGACCCGCGCGUGCCCUCAGAGGGCCCCAAGGAAACGCCAUCCUCUGCCAAUGGCCCUUCCCGGGAGGGCUCCAGGCCGCUGCCCACACGGGAAAGCCACGCUGUGUACCCACAGCUCCGACCAGGCUACAUCCCCAUCCCCGUCCUCCAUGAAGGCUUCGAGAGCCGGCAGCCGCACCCUGUUUUUGCCUCUCCCCAGCCUGGGACGCAACGAUUCCGAACCGAGGCAGCUGCAACGGCUCCUCAGAGAUCCCAGUCACCUCUUCGGGGUGUCCCGGAAGCCAGCCAGCCAGAUAAACAGUGUGGACAGGCGGUAGCAGCUGUGGCAGCCCAGCCCCCUGCCUCCCACAGACCCGAGCGAUCCCAGUCUCCAGCUGCUUCCGACUGCUCGUCCUCGUCCUCCUCUGCCAGCCUGCCCUCCUCUGGCAGGAGCAGCCUGGGCAGUCACCAGCUCCCGCGGGGCUACAUCCCCAUCCCUGUGAUACAUGAGCAGAAUGUCAGCCGGCCGGCAGCCCAGCCCUCCUUCCACCAAGCCCAGAAGACCCACUACCCAGCUCAGCAGGGUGAAUACCAGACCCACCAGCCUGUGUACCACAAGAUCCAAGGGGACGACUGGGAGCCCCUGCGGGCAGCAUCCCCGUUCCGGCCGCCCGUCCUGGGUGCGUCCAGCCGGGACGUCUCUCCAGCCAGAAGCAGCACACCGGUGCACUCCCCCUCGCCCCGGCGUGUGCACACCGUGGUCGACAGGCCUCAGCAGCCCAUGACCCAUCGAGAAGCUUCACCUGUUCCCCAACCUGAAAACAAACCAGAAAGCAAACCUAGCGCAGUUGGACCAGAUCUUCCUGCACAAAUCCCGAUUCAAGUGAUCCGAAAGGAAGUGGAUUCUCAACCUGUUUCCCAGAAGCCUCCGCCUCCCUCUGAGAAGGUGGAAGUAAAGGUUCCCUCUGCUCCUGGUCCUUGUCCCUCUCCAAGCCCUGCCCCUUCUGCUGUCCCCUCGUCCCCCAAGAAUGUGGCUACAGAAGAAAGGGCAGCCCCCAGCCCUUCCCUUGCAGAAGUCACAUCCCCAAAGCCAGGCGGAGCUGAGGCACCCCCAAAACAUCCAGGUGUGCUAAAAGUGGAAGCUAUCCUGGAGAAGGUGCAAGGGCUGGAGCAGGCUGUGGACAACUUUGAAGGCAAGAAGACUGACAAAAAAUACCUGAUGAUAGAAGAGUAUUUGACCAAAGAGCUUCUGGCCCUGGAUUCGGUAGACCCUGAAGGACGUGCUGAUGUCCGUCAGGCCAGGAGAGAUGGCGUCAGGAAGGUCCAGACCAUCUUGGAAAAGCUUGAACAGAAAGCAGUCGAUGUCCCCGGUCAAGUCCAGGUUUAUGAACUCCAGCCCAGCUCCCUUGAAAGCGAUCGGCCACUGCAGGAAAUCAUGGAGAUGGGAGCCAUGGCAGCAGACAAGAGUAAGAAAAGUGCCGGAAAUGGAGAAGAUCCCCAAACUGAAACCCAGCAGCCAGAAGCCAAAGCAGCAGCCACUCCAAACCCCAGCAGCAGUACAACAGACACAGCUGGCAACCCAGCAGCGCCAUAGUUUCCGCGAAACAAAAAGCAGACCCGGAGACUGGGAACUGAUUGUGUGUGCUGUAGGGAGUUCUAAGUUGCAUGCAUUUCAGGGACUUUAAAUCAGUUGGUUUUUACUAUUCAUAGCCGCUUGGUAUGCAGUAACCUGGGUGGAAGCAAAACAGUAAAAGAGCUAAAAGGAAAAUGAUGCGUUUCCUCAGUAUCCUUAUUCUGUACAAAUAAAGAAGUCGCUUGCUUCAAAAGUUUAACCCCAUCACUUGUUGUUUCGGGGCCCUCUCUCUGCGUGGGCUCCAUGUUAGCCAUGGUUGUGAGCUGUCUUCCUGUAGCUCUGGACUGAAGGAGUUUUUUGGGGGAGUAGGUGGGGAGUCGAUUCCCAUCACAUAAAUAUGAAACCCCCGUUUCAGAAAAGUUGCCAUUUUAAUGGGAUGAUUUUCGUCCCAUAGCUAAAACACCUAACUUGUGAUAGAAUAAAAUGUGUGCGGAGCCAUAGGAAUAUCUGUAUGUGGGAUGACUUUAAUGCUACAUUUUAAAAAAAGAAAAUAAAGACAUAAUAUGA